AUGGAUCCUAUCGCCGGCCCUUCCAGCAUGGCUGCACCUCCGAGCGCCCCUCGUCGAAGAUCGCAUAGAGCCCAGUCGAAAGAAUCACCACGCGCUCCUACACACGAUGAACCGCGUUCGGGCGCGACAUCAUCGAGACCGUCUGCAAAACGUGCGCGGCGCCCAGCAUUCAGCCUGAUGCUGCUCAUGCUCGUCGCACUGCUGCUCUCCCCCCUAGUACACGCGUCCGAAGGCGACCGCUCGCCCGAGUACCGCAUGUGCGUCUCGUCGUGCACCGCCGACCUGUGCCGCGACGGCGUGGACGACGGCAUCAUGUUUGCGCACCGGCUGCCGUUCAUCCUGCGCGUCACACGCUGGACGUGCGAGGACGACUGCAAGUACCACUGCACGCACCGCAUCACCAACGACGCCGUCGAGCGCGUGCACAAGAUCCAGCACGACGCACGCGCCCAAGUCGACGCCCUCUCGCUGCACCAGUCCAUCUCGGCACCCGCGCGCGCAGCUCGUAUUCGCACACUCGUCCGCACCGAGCUCGCCAAGCUGCGCCCCGUGCAGAAGCAGAUGGUGCAGUUCCACGGCAAGUGGGUCUUCAUCCGCUUCCUCGGCGCCCAGGAGCCGCUGUCGGUGCUGUUCAGCCUGCUCAACUUGCGCAUCCACUACAACGCGCUCUUCAGCCUCCGCAAACAGCUCCCCGACGCGUUCCCGCUCAAGCUCGUGUAUAUUGUGCAUACGCUCGUCAGCAUGAACGCCUGGAUCUGGUCCGCCGUCUUCCACACGCGCGACAAGGACAUCACCGAAAAGCUCGACUACUUCUCCGCGGGCGCCGUCAUCAUGUCCGGCUUCUUCUUCAGUGCGGCGCGGCUGUUUCGACUGGCGCCGGGCGGCGACCGCUUUGUGCUGCUGCGCAGGGCGUGCAUCGGUGCACUGGCGCUGCACAUGCUCUACCUCAGCAUCGGCCGCUUCGACUACGCGUACAACAUGGCGGCCAACGUGGUGGUCGGACUGGUGCAUACGCUGCUCUGGCUCACGUACUCGGUGCGUCCGACCACGUUCCCGUCGAACCCGCUGGUGGACCGCAGUGCAUUCAGCCGCGCCGCGAUGCGCGCGGCCAAGCCGUCGCUGUCGGCGCUCUCGACGCCCACGCCGCUCUCGAACGGCGCAGCCACCCCGCCCGUGCCCGUAUCCACCAACAUCGGCCCGCCCAGCUCGCACGCCAAGCGGCGCCGACGCCUCCAGCUCAUCCUCGCGCUCAUGACGGCGUCGGUGCUGCUCGAGCUGCUCGACUUCCCGCCCGUGCUGCGCAUCGUGGAUGCACACGCGCUCUGGCACCUCGCCACCGUGCCCAUCACCAGCAUGUGGUACGACUGGCUCGUGGCGGACGCGCAGGAGUGCGUGAGCACCGGAUGGUGGCUCUCCGAGCGCAACGGGCAGGCACAGGCGGGUCAGCUCGGCUCGACGCUCGAGCAGAUGAGCGAAAAGCUCAAGGGCAGAGCCGCCAGCCUCGCGCAGAACAUCGAGCUCAACGCACUCACCGCCAAGCUCAACGAGCUCGCCAACAAGGCCGGAUUUAGCGGCCGCGGCGGCGAUGCGACGGGCAGCGGGGCGGGGCUGCUGGGUCAUGCCACCGGCGUGGAUGGAGACGGCAGCGGCCACGGCAUCGAUAUGGACGUGCACGCGCGCGCCAAACCUGCAUCCGCGCCAGCACCAACGCCAGGGCCAGCUGCCACAACGUCCACGACGACGGCGUCAGGAAAGGCGAAGGAUACAUAG